AUGGAGCAGAAGGAUCACGUAGGGCACCCGGCGAUCGGGGUGGCAGCGACGAUGCCGUACGGCGCGCCGGCGGGCGGGCCGUACGGUGCUUACCAGCACAUCUACCAGCAGCAGCAUCAACAGCAGCAACAGCAGCAGCUGCAGAUGUUCUGGGCGGAUCAGUACCGGGAGAUCGAGCAGACUACCGACUUUAAGAACCACAGCCUGCCGCUGGCCCGCAUCAAGAAGAUCAUGAAGGCGGACGAGGAUGUGCGGAUGAUUGCCGCGGAGGCCCCCGUGGUCUUCGCCCGCGCCUGCGAGAUGUUCAUCCUCGACCUCACCCACCGCUCCUGGGCCCACGCCGAAGAGAACAAGCGCCGCACCCUCCAGAAGAAUGACAUCGCUGCCGCCAUCACCCGCACGGACGUCUUCGACUUCCUCGUCGAUAUCGUCCCUCGUGAGGAUACACGGGACGACGUCAUCCCUCGUGCCCUUGGGGCGCCCUCCGGCGACCAAUUGGCUUACUACUACGUCCAGCAGUAG